GUUUGAAGCAAGACGGUAGUGCUGGAGGAGACCAGAUACUUGUAGUGGGGAAUACGUUAUUCCCGCUUAGUUAGAACCGUAGUGAACUGUUGAGUCAGUUCUGUGGCUGAGACACUUCCCAUAAUGGGGAGCAAAAAACAUAAGAAACAUUCGAAAGGACGCGAUGAAGAUUCACCUGGUCCGCCGGUCAGCAGUCAGCCCCAGCAGGCAACUCCCAUCAAGUUGGUGCUGAAAAUGGCAACCGGUUCUGGAGUCGCAGCUGUGAACUCGACGUUGCCCGCAAGCUCGGCCGGAGCCCACACUCCUUCGAAUUUCGGAGGAUCCUCGGUGAAUAAUCACUAUGUCGCGAACCCAGGAAUCUCAGUCCGGCUCGUGUCGGACUCAGCUAUACCGCAGGCUAGCGGGUCCGACAGAGCUUGUCCAUCGGGUCCCGUUUCUGUGAGAAGGCUCGAGAAUCCCAGUGUACCGAGCACGGCCGCGUCGGACAGCUUCAGCGAAAGUUCAUUUCAUACGAAGAGGCAUAAAAGCAGAAGUUCAGACAAGAAAAAGAAGAAGAAACAUAAGAAACACCAUCAUCACUGUCACCAUCAUCACAAGGACCACCACCAUAAGCAUUCCCAUCAUUCGUCGUCGACGUCGUCCGCCUGUCGAGACGGCGAUAAACGUCGAGAUCGUCCUGAAGAUGACGAAGAUUACGAUGAUGAUGACCGCGACGACAGACCGCCCAAGAAACGGCGACUGAUUCCCGUCACCGAGUCCGUGGACAAUCAGCCGCCGCUCCCGACUGUACCGUUACGCACUCCGGUGGGUGUGAUUCCACCGGAAAAACCGCCGCCGACCGUCGAUCCUUCGUUGCAGAAGCUACUCGGAGUGCUGCUCAAUAUCGUUCAGGAGCGUGACAGACUGGAGUUUUUUGCGUGGCCCGUGAGCGACGUCAUUGCUCCCGGAUAUUCGAGCAUCAUUCAGAGUCCCAUGGACCUGAGUACAAUGAGACGGAAGCUCGAGCACCUCGAAUACAAGAGUUUGACCGACUUUAGGGCGGAUGUCAAGCUAAUUUGCGAUAAUGCUUGUCAGUACAAUGCGGCGGACACCAUUUACUACAAAGAAGCCAAAAAGCUUUGGAGGAAAGUUCAGAAGCUCUUCACCCGAGAAGGGGUCAUCCAGCUCGAUCCCAAUUUCGAGUACAUCGGCAAUCUGUCCGUGGACGAGUUGGGUUUCGACCUGCGAGAGACAUCGCCCGUUGAGGAACCUGCGCCCAGAGUCACAAGAAAUCGCAUUAGGGUGACUGAUGACGAGGAAAAAGUUGGUAUCGUUCCCCCAAUGAAGAUAUCUUUGGCAGCCAGCGCAGUGGAAGCUCCCCCAGUCGGGAUCAUUGCCGACCGACAGAGAGUCCAAGCCAGGGACGAGCCCGACGCCGAUAUCAGUAUACAGGCAGCAGCCGCUGCGUUCAAAAGUCCUGUUGUUAAUGAUUCACAUUCCGAAGCGGCGCCCCUUCAGCAGUCUCCGACGAUAAUCACCGAGAGAUUCGAUGCCAACAAACGUUUGGAGAAAGAGAGACCCCGAGCUACGAGUCCGAGUGUAGCUAAAAAAUCCGAUCCCAACGACCCCGAAGACUUCGCAGACCUCACGCCACCUCCCGACGAUUCGCCGCCCGAGGUUAUCUUGGCACACGCUCAGAAAAUGGCAAGAUUCGCUUCCCAGAAGCUCCGUAGAUCUCGACCGAACACACAAAUCCACAUCGUGUGCUCGCCGGAACCAGGCUCUACAUCAUUGAAAUUCAUUAAUCCGGACGUCACACUGACUGAGAAAUAUCUCGGAUGGAGACCGAAGUAUCCCCAAGUGCCCGCCGAGGAGAUCGAUCUUGAAAUGCUCAUCGGAAAAUUGCCGUACGGCAUGGCAUCACUGACAGAAUUCAAGGACGAUACGAGAAACGUCGCAAAACCCAUCAAUUACCUGCCGCUCGAAAGUGGGCCACCGUUUUCGACCUACGCCCCACAUUACGACUCGACGUUCUCCAACCUCACAAAGGUUGAAAGUGAUCUCAUUUACACCGUGUAUGGAGACGAGAUCGGUGUGCAAUACGCCGAGAGCUUAAUGCAUUUCGCUAAGGAUUCCGAAGAGACGAAGGAGAGGGUCGACGAUCUUCUCGAUUCUCUCACCGAUGGGGAACAUCGAAAAGCGGUUGACAAGAUAAAAUCGAGAGAACUCCUCCGGGACGACGAUGACGAAGAGCUUUCCAAGCCGAGCAUCGAUCAAACUGAUGAUCUGCUGCCCGCCCGACUCAACGGCGACCACAGUGCCCAACCGGUGAGUUCGCCCAGCAUAUCGACGUCGGGAAUGGCGGUCCACAACGAGUCCUCUCAGUCCCCUCUACCUGUGGCUGCUCCAGCGAUGGGGAACGCACCUCCGGAGAACUCGACCGCGGCCAUCGCUGAGGCUGAGGGCCCUUCAUCGUCGAGGGUUGCUCUCGCUCAGGGUACAACGAACGGCGACAGCAAUCAUUCCGUAGCGGGAACCUUGGAUGACGAAAACGAGCAGAAACUCCAAUCGAAAUUGACGGAAUCGACGGAAAUGAUCGAGACGCUGACCAAGCUCCAGAAAGAACGCCUGAGCAAGGCACCACCCAACAAUCUGGGCAACGUGCUCGGUCCCUCGCCCACGGAACUCGAGCUCGCCGAAAAAUUGGCGGCGACUCUGAGCGAGCUAGCGAGUCACGCCAAGCCGGGCAGCAUCGUGAGCGUCGAGGCUAUCCGGAGAGCUAUGGGAAUCACGUUACCCGAGAAGAAAGUCCAACCCAUCGAGGAACCCUUCACGGAAGCGAAGUGAUCCUGCGUUGAUUCCGUCAUUCACGGAAAUACCUCAGAGUAAUUCGAUCGAUCAACCGUUUGGUGUGGACUACCUACUUGACUUGUCCAUUGUGAAUAGCCACGGAAGUUCCAAAGUUGACAACCCACAGAGGAUUGAACAACGUAGGCGAGUCCCAGAUCAGCGCUUCCGCUCGGAAACGCGCUCUGGCCGAAACUGUUAUCCAUGCCUUCCAUGUUCUUUCGCGUGUUUUUCCGGGGCUGGAAAGGGUCGGCGAUUGACCUCGCGCAGAAGUUCUCCAGAAGUCUGCUGUGGUCGCGUCUCUAUGAGAGCUGCGCGAUUGCGCGCCGGCGGUCUCGGGAAGGCACCGACCAAUUGUUCGAGUCGUCUUCAGGAAUUCGAGUCCGAUGAAAAAAGCAAUUUCACCGAGAGUUUGUUUCCGAGUUUGUAUUCUAGUAAAUUUAGCACAUUUGUUGUGGCGAAGUCCGGCCGAACUGUAAAAUAGAAGUACAUAAACUUAUAGAACACUAAUAUUGACAGAAAUAAAAUCUC